AUGGAAAUCGAGGAACGAGUACUGAAGUAUUUUCGUUUUUAUUCAUGUAAUGAAAAAGUUCAUAAAGUUGAACAAUUACAUGUACAGAACAAUGAAACUUUGUGCUGCUUUCUUGAGUAUGACAUAUACAUUUUGUUUACAUUCCUGAAGCAUUGGGAAAUGAAUUUUUUCGACUUUAUAUAUGUCUAUUUAUGGGCAGACGAGUUUGAAACGCAAAAGCUAACCACCUCUCAUCUAGAUCUAUCACGUACCUGUCGCGAUAACGGACUAAGAGAAUGCGAUCAGUUUCUCGUUAAUCAUCCGUUAAAGAUUAGUUGA